AUGGUUGAAAUCUCUGAAACCUCCGACGACUCCAAUGGAGGCGACGAUCAAGAUCCAAACAAGAAUAAACCGCAAGAAGAACUCCAGAAGAAUCCGAGAAAAUCAGUCGAGAAAAUCACUUCUUUCCACAUUCCAGACGAUAUCACCGAAGAAUGCCUCGCGUAUGUAGGGAGAUUUCACUACCCGGAUCUCUCUCUCGUCUCCAAAACCUUUAGCCGUAUCAUCAAAUCUCCGAUUCUCUACGACUUGCGCUCGCGCCUGGGAAGUACAGAACCCGUUCUUUACGCUUGCGUGGGUAUCACUCGUUUUACAAACCCUAACUGGUAUAUCCUCUAUCGCAAACCCUACAGAAACUUGCGUAACACGGUUUCUUUGCAAUUGCGUGAAAUCCGUUCCCCUCCCAUGCCUUGGGGAUCUGCUGUCGUCACAAUAGGGCACGAGAUGUAUGUGAUUGGUGGCUGCGUAGGCGAGAAACGAACAAAGAAUGUGAUUCUCAUUGACUGCAGAUUCCACAAGUGUCGCUUCCUCCCGAGUAUGCAAGUGGCUCGAUGCCGUGCAGCCGCCGGAGUGUUCGACGGGAAGAUAAUCGUAAUCGGAGGUUGUGAGAUUGGAGCUACGGAGUGGCUCGAAACGUUCGAUGUAAAGGACAAGGUUUGGAAGAGUUACAAGUGGUCACCAGACUCACCACAACAACCUAAUGUGAGUAGCGAGGAGUUUGUGACAUACGCGAUGAUGGAGGAGAGAUUGUACGUUUUGUCUAAAACAACAGGUUAUGCUUACGAUAACAGAGGAGAAGGAGGUUCAUGGCCGAAGUUGGAAGUAGGAGAUGUAAUGAUGAGUUUUUGGUGGCAAGAGUCGUCUUGUGUGAUUGAUGGCUUGUUGUUUUCCACUAAUCCUCAACGGGUGUUUUCUGAUUCUGCAAUCAUCAUAUAUGAUCCAAAGGAGAAGUCUUGGGAACCCUUGACUGGUUUACAAGGUUUUCCUUCUAAUAUCCUUCUCCACGAGUCUAAAAUGGCGAAUUUUGGUGGGAAGUUGGUGAUUCUUGGAACAGAUGAGAGUCGAUAUUCAAAGUAUGAUGGGAAAAAAGAGAUUUGGUGCGUAGAGAUCGCUUUGGAAACACGGCAAGGAGGUGAGAUUUCUGGGAAGAUCGAAUCAGUAGCGGUUGUGCUUACAGUUCCUCCGGCUUCUAUCGAGCUUUGUCGAACUGUUACCGUUUGA